AGGUUACCUGACCAUAAAUCAAGAUCAACAUCUACAGUACCCCAUAGGCCUGUGUGCCACGACAGAAUUUAUUUGUAAGAAGAAAAAAGCAGGAUAAUCAACAGUAUGCGAUACAUUAAAUGGUCGGACGAAUUCAUGUUCCGCGCAUAACAAUACUGCUUUUAUUCAUUACUAUUUUCUCAGGAGCAAAGUCCUACGAAGAAGAAGAAGAAGUGCCACGUGGAAUCUACCACUUUAGUGACACCGACCGAGACAUCGAAUCGAGCUUUAAAAUUCCAGAUUUUGAGGCACUGGAUCCAAUCAGAUUAGCCUCCGACCUAAUGUCAUCCGCAAUGAAAGUUGACACAAAACGAAAGACACUGGCGGGAAUUCAAAUGCCAUUUUCACUAACGGGAAGGCCUAUGAACUUACAGAUUGAUGGAGAAUCUCAUGAUGCCGUUAGUUUAGUAGAUGAUCCUAAGAAGAGGAACAAUGAGAAGAGCAUGGAAGUUAGGAGGUCCGACAUGACUCCAGACUCGCGGCGAGCAUUUUUACGGGCUCGUCAGGUAUGCCUCGAGCAGUCUGCAGAUUCUUGUGACGAGGCAUUAGACACAUUCCAUCGCGUACGGUACGGGAAAUCAUUGCUCGGUGGGGAGGAGGACGGAGAGAGUGAGCAAUAUCGGAGCAUUAUCGAACGAAGGCUCAAGGAGGUGACUAAGACGUCACAUUCCACAUCAUCACCACCAGGAACUUCUGAUCCAUAUACGGAUUCCGGAUCCCAUGAAGAAUCGGAUGAAAUAGAGGAGAAUCUGGAGCCGCUUUCCAGAAAACCCACGUCAUCAGGCCGCUUCUCCCAUAUCACAUUACCAAAAUAUCAUGACAAAGCACACAGUUUUCUUAGAGAUAUCAACUAGUCGCUAAUUUAUUAUUUUUUUUUUGAAAAAAAAAAUUGAGAAUUGUAAAAUAAAUAAUACUGUAAAUUGA